AAGUAGCAAUAAGGAUAUCUAACUAAAUUGCUUUCAGCUCUGUUUUGAGAGGGAAAGUUUUGGAUUUUUCUCUUCAAAGUGAGUACAUGCUCUGUCUUUUGCAUCAAGAGGGCCAAGGAGAUAAGAUUCCCUGUUAAGAUGGAUCUGUGCAUCCUUCCCCACUCUUGUUUUUUCAUGUUUUUUUUCCCUAAGAUUUUGUUCCACUUUUUUGGGAUCAAUAGAGAAGGGACUAUCUCAUUUAUCAUACCCAAAAGAGAUAAAAAGCCCAGAUCCAUUUUAGGAUUUCAAAUAGUUUUCCAAUUCUGAACUGAGAAGUACAAGAAAUACCUAAGUCAAAGCUGUAGCACAGUAAAUCAAUGGAGAACACUGCACACCUUAUCAUGGGCAUUCUAGGGAAUAUUUUUGGAGCUGCACUCUUUCUGGCGCCUGUAGUUACAUUCUAUUAUGUAAUAAGGAGGGGAUCUACAGAGGAUUUUUCAGGUAUCCCAUAUGUGGUUUGUCUUUUGAAUUGCCUUCUCUACACUUGGUAUGGCAUGCCCUUUGUCUCAAAUGACAAUAUUCUGGUCUCUCUUUCUGAUGGUCUGGGAGUUGUUUUAGAAGCAAUUUAUGUGUGCCUCUACUUGGUAUAUUCUCCUCCAAAAGAAAGGAGAAAAAUUAUGUUAAUGUUGAUUGCAGAGUUGAUUAUGUUUACAAUUAUAGCUGUGGUGUCCAUGACUCUUCUUCAUGGCACUGGACGGAAAAUUCUUGUUGGAGUACUUGCUGCAGCAUUGUCUGUCUGCAUGUAUGGUGCUCCCUUAUCUAUAAUGAAAUUAGUGAUUGAGACAAGGAGUGUGGAAUACAUGCCAUUUUUCCUAUCAUUGUUUGUAUUUCUAUGUGGUUUGUCUUGGUUCGUGUAUGGAAUUAUUGGAAGAGAUGCAUUUGUGGCUGUUCCUAAUGGAUUAGGAACUUUAUUGGGUGUGGCACAACUUAUCUUGUAUGCAAUAUUCAGAGAUUCCUCACCCACAAAAAGUCAUAUUGAGGGCCUUCUCCAAAAUGCUUAACUUAGGAACCAAUAUAGUAGAGGCUUUCUAACAUGUAAUAUUCAAUAUUUAUAACAUCACGAGCAUCUCAAGUUGUUUGAGAUACUCAAUUGUCCUAACUUAGAGAUAAAGAUGGCCUCUAAUGUUUUUGGUAGGUCAAUGAUAAAUUUUAUAGUAUUGAACAGUGAUGUAAGCCUAAUUAAUUUAUAUAUUUUGUUUUUCUUUAA